ACUUAGAAGGUGGUUCACAGAACUUGGGAAAUCUUUUGUGGUGGUCUGGAAGGGACUAGGAGAUGCUUGAGGUCUACCUCUCAGGUUUGUCUUUGGACCUUGGAAAGUUUUCAAAUACUUUCCCUUGGUAAUUAUUGCUGCCAAAUUGGAUGGAGCAUACACCACCAAGCGAUGAAGGGCUUUGUGGAGGUCUCCUUAUACUUGACACUUGUAAGUUUAAGAGUCAUUCAGAUCUUUUCUUGCCCCGAUGUCUGUAGUUGCCUACGAGGAGUCAUAGACUGCUAUGGGAAAGGUCUAUAUUUUAUUCCAGAAGACAUGGAAGUAGACACUCAUACGAUGCUGAUGGCCUACAAUAAGAUCACCGCCCUGAAGACAUUGUCAUUCAACAAGUACCCAUACCUUCAGUGUCUGGAGUUGCAGAACAAUGUCAUCUCCAAUAUUGACCCUCAGGCUUUCCGCCACCUGCACAACCUCAGCUCCUUGGACCUUAGUAGCAACCAGCUGACCACUCUGAAGCCAGAGGUUUUCCGACCGCUGUCCAGGCUAACCGCUUUAAAUUUAGGCAACAACCGGCUUGCCAGGCUGUACCCGGGGGUUCUAGAGCCCCUGGUGAAUCUGCAAAUACUUUAUUUACACAACAAUGCCCUGACUGGCCUGAGGGUAGAAAUUCUGUACAACCUACCGGUGCUAAAGCAACUGAGGCUAGAUGGGAACCCCUGGAUGUGCACGUGUCAGAUUCAAUAUCUUUUAUCUUGGAUGAUUGACAAUGCUCAGAAAGUUAAUGAGAAGGAAAGGACCCUGUGCGGAGUCCCGAAAUACCUGGACCAGUUUCCCAUCAUGAAAAUUGAGAGGGAUUCAUUUGACCACUGUCAGCAGUACUUCACUCUUUUCGAAUACUUAUAUAUUCUGUCAGUAGGCAUUGCCUUGUUCUUUCUGAGCAUCUUACUGUGCCUCCUGACGGGGUCAGCCAUCGUUUGCUACGAGCGGUUAUUGCUGCGAGCCCACAGGAGGCCCCGGGUGUACAAGAAAAAAACUGAUCGGAAACGCCCGAGUGUAUCAAAUGGGCACCACAUACCCGUGUGCCGUAUAUAGUGCAACUAGGGGGUGUAACUCCUUCUGUAUCCAAAACUGCACCCAUCUGGUUAACACUUUAAAGGGCCUUAUUGCAGUGGACCACCAGGAGUCCCAGAAGUGGUCUACAGGUAGUCUUGUCAAUUCCUGGUAAGCAAGUCCCCGCUACUGCAGAAUCCCUUCACCUACAAUUGCCUCUAGCUAAUUACUGCCAAAUGUGCCCCACCAAUCACCACUGUCUCAGAGUCAGUGAGGCAGGGAUGGCCGUCGGUGGGUAAAUCAUCAUUGGUCACCACCAUUGAUGGAGCCAUCGUUGAUUAACAUCUAUGUCAUGAUAACAUCUACGGUGAACAGCCAUCAACGGUUUGCAGCCAUCCAUGGCCAUCUCUGCUCAAGAACAUAAGCCCACCGUUGUCCAAAAUGUCAUCGAUCAUGGUAGAUCAAGCAAUUUUCUAUAGUUACAUCUCUCCGAGAUGGGAGUACCUAUGCUGAAUGCAAUUCAAGAAAAAGGAAAUAGUUAUUUUUUUUGUUUAAUAUAAAAUCCAUGUAGGCUUCAAUGGUUAUUUUACGGCCUUGAUCAUACGUUUUUUUAGAAUCGUCAAUUAAAGGGGUUUUUUUUAUUAUAUUUUUUAAAUACCUUUAAUAGAGGUUUUUAAAAUAGUGAAUGGUAGCGUUAAGAUUUCCUUACAAUAUGAAGGCAUAUUUGCACCAGGCCUGUUGCACUCACUUGGACUCCAGGAUAUGGACUCCAGGCUAGACAUCAGUCAAUAGGUUGACUGGGUCAAAAGGUCAACAGGGUCAAAAAAGCCAACAGGCAAAAGGUUGACAGGUAGAAAAGAUUGAUCGGUUCAAAAGGUCAAAGUUGCAAUGAUCAACACAAAUGUGGUCGACACAAUUUUUUUGGGGAGAUUUUCUUUUUUUUUUUCUUUUUUUAUACACGUGGACUAUUUGGGAAUAGUAACCCCGAAACGUGGCAAGUGGAGAGAGCCCGUGAGGGUUUACGUUACCACUAACUGGGGUCACAGGUGAUGAAACAAACAAAAUUACACCAGAAAAAACUUGUGUUGACCUUUUUUGUAUCGACCAUUUCCAUGUCUGCCUUUUGACCAUAUCGACUUUUUGUACCUUUUGACAUUUUGGUUGUCAACCUUUUGACCCUGUUGACCCAGGUAUCCAAAUGAUAGGUCAACAGUCAAUAGGUUGACACCAGAUGUUGACAUGCAUAUGGUCAGAAGGUCAAAGGGUUAAAAUGGUCGACAUGGCAAUGGUCGACACAUCAUGUGAGUUCUAUGGAUUUUUUUUCCUUUUUUGUCAACUUUGUCAUAUAAUUUGACACCCCCAAAAAUAUCUAAAAACGAAGCGUUUUCUUGUUCCUUCCCUUUACAGUCAACAAAUGGGCAUAUACCCAACCCAAAAUAUAACGUGUUUAUAUUUGUCAUUGUAUAACACAGUGGUUCCCAAACUUUUUUGAAUCAUGGCGCUCUAGAGUUUGAGGUGUUUUCGUGGCACCCCUAGGUCAAAAAGUUUCUUAUUGAGAAAUUCUGAUUUUUUUUUUUUAAAUUAAGUAAAUUGUGUUUAUAUAUCAUCCUUAGGUUCAAUUAUGUUGUGAGGGACAGAAUUCCCUUCUGUUUGUCCAAAUAGUUUAUGAUUGACAGCAGGGGCGUAGCCAGAACUUUGUGGGCCCCAUAGCAACAUUUUGAAGGGCCCCUGUCCUAAUGCAUCUAGAGACACCUAUCCACAGCAAUUGGUAAUUUUAAGCCCCAUAAUAAUAUAUUGUGAACCACAGUGGUGCCUUAGUUAAUGUUAUGGGAUCCGGUCUGAAGAUCGACAGUGUCUAGGUCGACAAUGUU